CGGGGCCGGACGCGCGGGCUGCCUGCGCUUCCGGGCAGCGCGAUGGAGCUGGUGGCGGAGCUGAGGGGCUGCGACGGCGAGACGCGGUCGGUGCGGGUGCCGCUGCCGCGCCUGACGGAGCAGGGCGAGGCCGGGCAGCUGCGCGGAGUGCGGCAGAGCCUGGCCGAGCUGCGGGAGCGGGUGGUGGAGCUGUUGGCGCCCCUGGUGCAGGCCGAGAGAGAGGCGGCGGGUGGCGGCGGGCCGCGCGGUGAUGCCGAGGAUGAUGACGACGAUGAGCAGGAGGAGGAGGAGGAGGAUGAUGAAGGAGAAAACAGUAUCGAAACGAAAGCAAACACCGAUGAUCCACCUCAAAAGCGGACGAGGGUUCAGCAGCCAUGGUGACGGCACUUGGUACUUGGGUCAGGCCUGGAGGGAGACAUUCUAGCUGCACCGGGUGUGAGGGUGUCCGGGCAGGGCCGGGGGAGAAGCCUGCGGCGCUUCUGCCCCUGUUCGGAAAGUGAAAUGCCGGUCCCGACACUGUUUUAACACGGAGACCGUAAGAAAAAGAUGCACCUUGGUGUCAGCGUGUUGCUUGCAGGGAGCCAAUGUUACGUUGAGAAGAACUUCUGGUAGAACCGUUGACAAAUAUAAAACUGUUCUCACAAGUCUUCUGACUGCUAUGUUUUUAACGAUAUUUUCUAAGUCAUUGUAUUUAUUCAUGCGACUUAAAAUAAACUCUUAUA